AGUUUGCUUCUUUUGAUGAUCCUUUACCAUUAUUCUUACUUCAAAGAUGUGAAUGCUAAAGUUCCGUUCCUUUUUUGUAAUGACCUAACUUUGUCUUUUUUAGUGCUGUCAUAUUGUGAAUUACGAAAUUGGGGUAUUUUUUAGUUUCAUAAUUUGGGAUAUUUUUCUUGUGUUAGUCAGUGGCGAGUAUACCGCCGGGCAUGCCUGGCACGUCUGGGCUGCCCUUUUUAUUUAUUUUUUAAAUGAAAACAAAAACAGAAAAAGGAAGAGUUAGAAUUUGCUUUCUCUUUCUCGAUCCCUCUCUCUCAAACCGGCCGCCGCUCUCAGUUCCUCUCUCACCCGCCGGCCGCCGCUCUCAAUCCCUCUCUCACUGCUCUCAAUCUCUCUCACUCACCUCGCCGUAACGCCGUUCACUCACCUCGCCGUAACGCCGUAACGCCGUUCAAUCUUUCGCUCUCAGUUUCAGUUGUAGCUUCUUUUCGGGCCGUCAAUUAUCUUUGCAUUUUCUGAACUUUGGAGGGAAGCUGAUUGCAAUUUCACAAAGCUACAAUGGGUUAUGCACAACUUGUUAUAGGUCCUGCUGGUAGUGGCAAGUCUACAUAUUGCUCGAGUUUGUACAAACACUGUGAAACUGUACGACGGGCAAUACAUAUUGUGAACCUUGAUCCAGCUGCUGAAAAUUUUGACUAUCCUGUUGCGAUGGAUGUAAGGGAACUCAUUUCCCUGGAUGAUGUUAUGGAAGAGCUUGGGUUAGGUCCUAAUGGUGGCCUUGUAUACUGCAUGGAACACCUUGAAGAUAACCUAAACGAUUGGCUUGAUGAGGAGCUGGACAAUUAUUUGGAUGACGAGUACUUGGUUUUUGAUUGCCCUGGUCAGAUAGAACUUUAUUCACAUGUGCCAGUGUUUCGGAAUUUUGUUGAACAUUUGAAAAGGAGAAAUUUUAAUGUCUGUGUUGUGUACUUACUUGAUUCACAGUUCAUGGUAGAUGUGACCAAAUUUAUCAGUGGAUGCAUGGCUUCCCUUUCUGCAAUGGUUCAACUUGAACUACCUCAUGUCAAUAUCCUCUCAAAAAUGGACCUUGUGACUAACAAAAAGGAUCUUGAAGAAUUCUUGGAUCCAGAACCUACCUUUUUACUGUCUGAAUUGAACAAACGGAUGGCUCCUCAGUAUGCAAAGUUGAAUAAAGCUUUGAUUGAACUGGUAAGUAGUUAUAGCAUGGUGAGUUUUAUACCACUAGACUUGAGGAAAGAAAAAAGCAUACAAUAUGUAUUGGCUCAAAUUGACAACUGCAUUCAAUAUGGAGAAGAUGCCGAUGUGAAGGUUAAGGAUUUUGAUCAAGACGAUGAUGAGUAGCUGACUCUCUUCUGCAGCAAUGCUUGGUAUGAUACAAAGUACUGUGUUCACAAUGACUUAAUGGUUAUCAAGCUCAAAUUGUUAAUACAAUAGUUUUUAGUUAUGUUUAGUGUGAAUUGGGGACCUUGACGAUUUAUAAAAAUUUAGCCACCUGAUGGGGAGAGAAGUUGGGGAUGGUGCUUAAUCAAAUACUUUGUUGUUACUGCUUGUUUGGUUACACCAACAUAAACUUAUUCAGACCUCAUUAUUUUGGUUACUAA